AUGUUUGGAGAUACGGCUAAUAAACUAAUAUUAGAUGGUAAAAGAUCGAGUAACUUAUCUAAUAUUCCUAUUUAUCAAUCUGAUUUAGUGAAAAGCAUUGUAAGAGAAACCAAUGAUUUGAAUAAAGAUGCUGAAUAUUUAAUUGAAGAACAAGAGCAAUUACAAGGGACCCAAGAUCAAGAAAAUAGUAAAAUAAAUCAAUGUCAAUUAUUUGUCACUCAUUUAUCUAUGAGAAGGAAUAAACGGUGUUUAUUAGCAUAUGAAAAGUUAAGAGCAGAUAAGAUAACUGAGUUUUGUUGGCUAAAUAUUGAUCCUAUUGAAACUUCAACAUCAUCAUCAUCAACCAAUACAAAUGUCAACCAAAGUGCUAAUAGUAAUAAUGCAGUGAAUCCUUUAACAAAGAAUCUUAAUAAUUAUACUACCAGUUUGGAUUUGAAUAACUUGAAUCAUUUUGAACAAGAUUUUUUUAAACAAUAUCAAGAUUUAAUAAUGGAAUUCAAGUCAAGUUUUGAAGAUAUUGAUUUAAGUGGUGAUUUGAAUCCACCUACAAACAUUUUUAUUGAUGUGAGAGUAUUGAAGGAUGGAGGUGAAGUUACUACCGAAUAUGGUUCUUUUAACUUGAUCAAGGAUUCUCAAUUCUUUGUCAGAAAAUCUGAUGUGGAAAGGUUAAUACAACAAGGAUAUUUAGAAGAGAUAAUAUAG